AUGAUGUGCGCGGUGGCGACAGGCCCCAAUGCCAUCCCAGUCUCCCUUGAGAGGAGAAACCAACUCCUCAGCACUGCGGAAGGAACUAACACGAGCGAGGAGCACGAGGAAGAGACUCGGCCGCUCUCGGAAAUGCGGUGGAAGUCUGGGCCAACGUCGAUCCUGAGUGCGGAGACUCCGGACGCGACGACGGAUAGCCGCAGGAAGUCUGCGGAGGCAACAAAGGAAGGCCAUCCGUCCGACGUGACAGAGAUUCUGCCACACUGGUGGAGGGAGACUUACAUGAAAGAGUCUUACGAACAAGGGGGAGCGUUGUGUUGUGUGGGUGCGACGGCGGUACUUCGCGUUGAGCUCGCAGGGAGUCCAUGUGCACAACUACGCAUUGACCGGGUUGUAACGGGACUGACGUUGUGGUGCGGACAUGCACGUAUUCCCGGGGACUUCCUAGUGGGACCCGUUCCCUAUGGCUUAGUCUUGGGCUUGGAUUGGCUGACGGAACACAAGGUGGCCUGGUAUUUUCAGUCGGACAAGCUCCGAACCUAUGUGAAUGGCCAGUGGUGCGAGUUACCGGUCGUUCGAACUGGCGAAGCAACGCUGCGAGGUGACAGUUCCGUCGCAGCCCAGCCAAGGACCCCUGCAGAACAAGCGUACGAGAUACUGGCAAAGCAAGUGGCGGGUAUGUCUGCCGAGGAGGCAGCCAUAUUCCUACGCCCACCUCCAAGGAGGUAUAGACCCCACGCGAAGAAGAAGGCGAAGGCGCGGAUAACGUCGCUCGUUCGUCAAGCGGCUGCGGACACAAAGGAUCUCAAGGCUCCUAUGCACGGUUUGCACCUCAUACUGGCUUUACCCGAAGCCGGUCCGGCAAUGCCCCUAAGGCUCUCAGAUGAGUGGCAAGGCGCGCUUUGCUGCGCGCUAAUCGGGACUCACCCCGCGUCCUCCAGUUGGCAUACUCCUUCGGCCAUAACCGUUUCGGGGGAAACGGAGAGUGACGAGGAGUCCCCCUGGCCUCAGGCACAACUCGAGCACACUCUGUUCGACGCAUGGAUACAUUCGACAGAGGCGCAAGAUAUUCCACGGGAGAUAGCAC